CGCAAGCUCAAGCAUAAGCAAGGCAACUCUUCUUCAGUACUUGUUUCCUUUCUUCUUUUUCUCUGUACAAACUUUUCCUCCUCUCUGUCUCUUUCUCUCUUUCUCUCUCCUCUUGCAACUGCAAAGAUAUAUAUAAUAGCAGUAGACAUGGUGGUGGCAUCUCCUACUCCUAUUGGCAGUGAAAAAGUUAUCCAGGCUGUUGAGCUGCCUGUAAUAGACCUCUCAUUGUGUGAAAGAACAGAGGUCUCUAAUCUCAUUGUUAGAGCCUGUGAGCGCUACGGUUUCUUCAAGGUUAUCAACCAUGGAAUAUCCGAAGAAAUCAUCGUCAAAAUGGAAGAAGAAAGUGUCAGCUUCUUUGCGAAGCCCAUCCCUGAAAAGCAACUGGCUGGGCCAGCUAAUCCCUUCGGUUAUGGCUACAAAAACAUUGGCUUUAAUGGUGAUGAGGGAGAGGUUGAAUAUCUUCUUCUGAAUACCCAUCCUCUCUCCAUUUCUCAAAGAUCCAAAACCAUCUCCAAAGACCCCAACAAAUUCAGCUCUGCUGUGAGUGGUUACAUAGAAGCAGUUAGAGAGCUGGCAUGUGAGCUUCUAGAUCUGGUGGCAGAGGGUCUGCGGGUCCCAGACACAUCAGUCUUUAGUAGGCUCAUCAGAGACGUCGACAGUGACUCCAUCCUCAGGCUCAAUCACUACCCACCUAUGCCUAUUCUCUGCAAGGAUAACGACACGUCAUCUUCUUACAACACAAACAGGGUUGGCUUUGGAGAGCACUCUGACCCUCAGAUCUUGACCCUCUUGAGAUCCAACGAUGUGGGUGGCCUACAGAUUUCCUUAAAUGACAGUGUCUGGUUCCCAGUCUCUCCUGACCCCAGUGCUUUCUGUGUUAAUGUUGGUGAUGUAUUGCAGGCUAUGACAAAUGGGAGAUUUCUGAGCGUGAGGCAUAGAGCUUUAACCAAUUCAUGCAAGUCUAGAAUGUCAAUGGCAUAUUUUGCUGCACCACCUCUCAGCACCAAGAUCACUGCACUACCACAGAUGCUCUCAGCCGUUAGGCCUUCAUUGUACAGGCCAUUCACUUGGGGUGACUAUAAGAAAGCUGCAUAUUCUCUACGCCUUGGAGAUACCCGUCUUGAUCUAUUCAUGAAAAGAGGAGAAGAGCUUGCUUGA